AUGACUAUUCUAUUGAACAACUUGAUAUUGAAAAUGUGGGGUAAAACACUACUUUUGCACUUAUUGUGUUCGAGUUUGGUGUUAUCAUUUGCCAAUGGCCAAAUCGACGUAAUACUGGAAGGCCUUGGCUACUUGUACGACGCAUACGAGUUCAUCUCGGAAAAAACUAAAAUCAUCGAAAUAAAACCGUCAAGCGAAGAGCGCCAUUACAUGACGAUAGAAAACACCUUGCGUGACUUGAGCUUGAAAUUGGAUGGGUUGGUAAGCGACAUACCAGAAGUGACGGAUAUUGUCCAUCGUUUGGGAGAAGUGCGGAGGAAGUUCAAGUUCAUUGACAGGCGUUACAACGAUUACCUCAAGCACAAACACAAUCGGUCUCUGUACGAUCCCACCACUGUCAUUGAUUUCUACAAAAAAAUGACAAAGGAAAUGCCGGAAGAGCUUUUCAACAUCUACGACAAUGUCAUUUCGUUGAAUCAGCACAGUCUUGCCUCUCUCAUGGAAAAAUACAUUGAGAAGUUGGACCCUUACUGUCAAAGAUCAAAAUCGCGGCAGAGAUAUUUUUACGAUUUUUUCGCCUCUGUCGUGUCGUACGAGCUCAAAUGCAUCUUCGCCAUAGAUUACGCCUACGAGCUGAAACACGAGCACGAAAAAAAUGUCAAAAGCAAACAAGAAAUGAUUGAUUGGAAAAGCGAUGCGGAAAACGUGGUGAGGAGCACCAUUAUGGACGCCAAAAUGGUACUUGCCCGCGCUGACCGUGACAUGUGGAGGUGUGAUCCGGCAAAACCCGUGGAAAACGAAACUUUCGUCGAACUCAAGCUGUUCCAACGAAUACUUUAUCGCGGGUGGGACUUUUUCGAAUCCGUGCAAGAGUACCUCGAUGAAAGUCGUUGUCCAAAACCAACAAAGGGCCAAGGUGCAAGGCCCAUUUUCCGCGAGCCGGACUAUCCGCUGAUCUACCCAACGCGACAGCGCCACUGCGACAACGUCGUCGAUUGCAAGGAGCUCCCGUACAACGAGCCCAUAACUGCUUGUAUUUUGAAGGAUACAAAGCAGCGUCGCAGGUACAGCUCGGUCAACGAGACGUACAAGCACGAGCACCCGAGUUUCAUUCAGGAGUUCAAAAAUCUGUUCAAAAGCAACAACUACUGCCACUCGAACUCCACUGAAAACGUCUUCAAGUCCUACUAUGACGACGUGGGAGGACUCAAAAUAGAGCGCCACAAGUCCUGCGACUGCAUUUGCGAUGAACAGGAAGACUCCGACCGGUACAUUAGCUUGGAACCCGCCAUUUCGGACACUCAUAAGAAUUUCGUGGUCACAGGCGUGAAAUUUGUUUUGGAAAAGCAUACGCUCUACGUCCAGAUUCAGCAAGGAAAAUUGCUGCCAAACGGUUACAUCGAUGAAAAAACAGUUGGAUGGAAGGACAUCGAGUACGUGAGUGAGGAUACGGUUCCUCUGCCGGCGGACGAAGCGAGGGUGAAGUACAGGCAGCCGUCGUACGGGAAAAAUGUGGCUUUUGAAUUCGAAGGGAAGAAAGUGUUUAAGCUUGAUUGGUACGACAGGCGUGGAUUGUACCUUGACGACAUUGAGUUUACGAGUACCGAGGUUGUUACGGGAGUGAGAUUUGACGUGGAACAAAGUGAAAAUGGCACUUUCAACGUCAAGCUAGAUGUACAGGCGAAUUUGUUUGACCACGGCAGUGGUCUUAUCUCGGAAGGGCGGAGCAUAUGGUGGUCCGAGUACCUCAUGGAGCCGAAAAGAACCCAUCUGGCACUUGGCGAGUACGACAAGCCAACUUCGUUGGACAACGCAAUGAACGUGCCGGACGGCGUGUCCAACCAGUACACGGAAUUCACUCCAUCGGCUUACUCGUCGAAGGACGCCGGACAAACCACGUUACCUCUGAUCGACAUCCAGCCAGUUGUCUCGAGUCCGCCCGUGCCUCUCUCGGGCAUCAGUUUGGACGUUAAGCGAACCGGGCUAUCCGGAGGCUACCUCAUGUUGAAAACCGAGACAUUCAACGAGUUGGCGUACUUUAAAACAAGGGUUUUAGAAAAGGAAGACGCAAAUAAGUAG